AUGUCCUCUGCUCAUGAUGCCACCACCAAGAUCUCCAUUGACAAGUUCGACGGCGACAACUACGCGACGUGGAGCCGCUACAUGCGUGGCGUGUUCCUGACCAAGUCGGCGUGGCACGUGGUGAACCGGGAGACCACCCCCACCUUCGCCGAUCCUCGCGCCAGUGACGACUACGUCAAGACGAACAACAUUGCGUUCGGCUUGAUGCUGCUGCACAUGAGCGCGGAUUAUCAUCACGUGGUUGAUGACUGUGAAGAGGCGUGGGUCGCGUGGGCGCGUUUGAAGACGCUGUACGGCGGGUCGCAGAAGGCUGGACGCAUCUACUUGAAGCGCCAGCUGUUCAGCAUGGAGAUGGCGGAAGGCGGCAAUGUGAUGCAUCAUUGCAACGAAGUCCUCAACAUCAGCGCGAAGCUCAGCAGCAUCGGCGCCAAGAUGGAGGACGAGGACGUGGCGAUCUGCUUGUUGCGCAGCCUCCCCAAGAGCUACGAGAACGUCGUUCUCAACUUGGAGAUGAGCAGCGCGGAACUGCGAUCGCGAGACGUCGUGAGAGUGCUCACGAAUGAGCACAUCAAGAGGCAAGGUGACAAGACGACAUCGGUGAAGACUGAAGACGCGGCGAAGGCGUUCAGUGCCGAGCGUGAACCUCGCCAGUGUACAUACUGCGGAAAAUUGGGGCACACGGCGGAGCGGUGCUGGACCAAGCAGAAGGACGAAAAUCAAGUUGGAGCUCGACGCGGCGGCAACAAUGCUCGUGGACGCGGAGCCAACAACGUUCAGUGGCGAACCAACAGCAACUACGAUGACAACUACGAUUGA